GAUCCCACUCACCAACCGUCAAAAGAUCGUAAACGCUGCAAACUUCCAUGCUGCUCUUGUACAAAGACCCCACGCUCGGAUUCCAAACUGACACUUCUUCUGACACUGAAAAAGCAUUGAAAUAAUUGAAGUGAAGUUGGAAAACGAAGGUAGGAAAGAAAGAAAGAGACGGGAGAAAUCUCCAUUAUUGCUUCUUGAUCACGUAUAGAUAUACUCCUGUAACUCGGAGUACUGGAGUUGCAGAGUUGGAGCUAGAGGUAAAGGCGCUAGAUAUAGACCGGCAUUGGUUUCAGCGGCAAAGCUGCAGAAGGACGGAGAGUUUUGGGUUUUGGGUGCUGGGAGCUUAGGGAGAAUGGAGGAAAGGCCAGAGACGGAGCUAAUAUCCAUACCGGCUACGCCGAGGGCGGUUACGCCGGAGAUACAGACCCCAUCGGGGCAGAGGUCUCCGAGGCUGCAGGGGAAGUCGUCGACGGCCUGGACACCGACGUCGUUUAUAUCGCCUCGGUUUCUGAGCCCGAUCGGGACGCCGAUGAAGAGGGUGCUGAUCAACAUGAAGGGCUACUUGGAGGAGGUCGGCCACCUCACGAAGCUCAACCCUCAGGACGCUUGGCUACCCAUCACCGAGUCUCGCAAUGGGAAUGCUCACUAUGCUGCGUUUCACAAUCUCAAUGCCGGUAUCGGCUUCCAGGCUCUGGUUUUGCCCGUUGCCUUCUCUUUUCUCGGCUGGAGCUGGGGAAUACUUUCUUUAACUAUAGCCUACUGUUGGCAACUCUAUACUUUGUGGAUUCUAGUUCAGCUACAUGAGGCAGUUCCAGGAAAGCGGUACAACAGAUAUGUGGAGCUUGCAGAAGCAGCCUUUGGGGAAAGAUUGGGUCUCUGGCUUGCUCUCUUCCCAACUAUUUAUUUAUCAGCUGGAACUGGAACAGCUUUGAUUCUUAUAGGAGGGGAGACCAUGAAACUAUUUUUCCAGAUAGUUUGUGGGCCACUCUGUUCAUCUAAUCCCCUUACAACAAUAGAGUGGUAUCUGGUGUUUACUUCUCUAUGCAUUGUUCUAUCUCAGCUCCCGAACCUCAAUUCAAUUGCUGGACUUUCACUAAUAGGGGCUGUGACAGCAAUCACUUACUGCACCAUGGUGUGGGUCCUCUCUAUAAGCCAACAAAGGCCACCAGCAAUAUCAUAUGAACCCCUUUCACUGCCAUCCUUCACCUCUUCUGCCUUUUCAGUCAUGAAUGCACUUGGAAUUGUUGCUUUUGCUUUCAGAGGACACAAUUUAGCAUUGGAGAUCCAGGCAACUAUGCCAUCAACAUUUAAGCACCCAGCUCAUGUGCCUAUGUGGAAAGGAGCCAAAGUUGCAUAUUUAUUCAUUGCCAUGUGCUUGUUCCCCGUUGCCAUUGGAGGCUUUUGGGCUUAUGGAAACCUUAUGCCAUCAGGAGGGAUUCUUAAUGCCUUGUUUGCCUUUCAUAGUCAGGACAUCCCGAGAGGACUUCUUGCUAUAACUUUUCUGCUAGUCGUGUUCAACUGUUUGAGCAGUUUCCAGAUAUACUCCAUGCCUGUUUUUGACAGUUUUGAAGCCAGCUACACCAGCCGAACCAACCGCCCUUGCUCGAUCUGGGUCAGAUCCGGUUUUCGUGUAUUCUAUGGAUUUAUAAACUUCUUCCUAGGGAUUGCUCUCCCUUUUCUCUCCAGUAUUGCUGGUCUGUUAGGAGGACUCACUCUUCCUGUCACAUUUGCUUACCCUUGCUUUAUGUGGGUUCUUAUAAAAAAGCCUACAAAAUACAGCUUCAAUUGGUACUUCAAUUGGAUCCUUGGUUGGCUAGGGAUUGCUUUUAGCUUGGCCUUUUCUAUCGGAGGUAUUUGGAGCAUGGUGAACAGUGGACUCAAAUUGAAAUUCUUCAAGCCCAUUUGAGAUUUGGUCAAAGAAAGCUAAAAAUGCCAUCUGAGUUCUGUAGAACUGAUACUGAAACUGUAUUAUGUUGUUGUGUAUACCCCAGGUGUCAUGUAAGAACCUCUUCCCCCUGGACUUAUUAGCAGCAAACUGGUGUUGUGUUCAAAUUCGUUUUCUGCUUCAACUUUUCAUGUAUUGUUAGUCUUGAGGUGUAAUUUGGCUCCUCCCUCAGCUCCAUGCUAUCCUGUAUUGAAAUAAUGAAGAAUUGGAUCACCAUAUGUUUGGGUUGUUAUGAAGAGAUGCAGAGAGAUUGUGUA